AGCAGGUGCACGUGCGGCUCUGCAAGUAAUUUUUGUUUUUACCGCUGCCUUGUGCCAUGCCACGUUACAAUGAGCUUGCCCCUGAACCCCAAGCCCUUCCUGAACGGGCUGACAGGGAAGCCUGUGAUGGUGAAGCUGAAGUGGGGGAUGGAGUACAAGGACUAUCUGGUGUCUGUCGAUGGCUACAGGAACAUGCAGCUUGCAAACACAGAAGAAUACAUAGAUGGUGCAUUGUCAGGACAACUUGGUGAAGUUUUGUUAAGAUGUAACAAUGUCCUGUAUAUCAGAGGAGUAGAAGAAGAUGAAGAAAUGAGAGAAUAAGUUUGUAUAUUUCUGGA